AUGAAGGAGAGGGACAAAGAAGUGGAAAACAUGAAGGCCCAGACAUUCAAUCCCGCGGACACCUCCAGCGCCAAGCUGAGGACGAAGAUUGGACCAUACGACAGCAGGUUCGUCCCGAUCCUGAGGAACGCCAAAUGGACCAGCAAGGGCGUUUGGGUUUCUUCGCCAGUCACGGCCCUGAGCACGAAGGCAGAGGAAGGAUCGACGACGUUGAGCCUCAAGGAGGAGGAGGAGGAGGAGGCGCGCAAGGAAUGGAAAGGGAAAAGGAUACAAAUCAUCCUUCCGUCUGGCGUACGGCACGCUUACAGCGUCGUGUCGAACAGUGCCAAAGUGCUCACGGUCGAGCCCCCGCUUCAGAGGAGUUACGAUGCAGGUUGGGAAGUCCGGAUCUGCGCGAGGAGCAGGGACAUGAAGACCGACUGCACGUAA